GGUUACGCUAAGGGAGAGCGAAGGGAGAGCGGAGGUUGUUUCUUGGUGAAUCUAUGACGUAUUUUUGAGGCUUUCCCAGGUAGCAUCUGGGAAACGGCAGGUAAGCUGGAGGGGCGCCGUUGUCUCAGAAGCCUUGUUUCUUGCCUCUCAUAGUGGUGACCCUGCAACCACCUGCCUCGAUAUUUUUCCGGAUAGCCGCCUCCUAAAAGCAUGCACGUGGAAAUUAAAAAUAAUACACCAUGAGAGAUACAGAAAUAAAGAGACUGCUGACUGCCAAUGUCCUCUGUAUCUUUUCUGUUAUUGUAACCACUACUGUUCCUUCUUUGUUCUCGAAGGAUUUCUCAAUCCUGGACUCACACUUAACAUGGCUGUGCAUCUGCUCAGCAAGUGUUGGUGUUAUAAAUAUAAUUUUACAUAUGAUUUUUAAGCCAUAUCUAUCUACAAGAAGAUACUCUCUUGCCCACAAGGUGACAAGGUUUAUAAGAUGCUGUGUAUACUACCUCAUAUCUUGUAUCCUCUUCCAUGGAAUUAUUGUUCUUUACGGAGCACCAUUAAUAGAGUCAGUCUUGGAGACCUUCUUGUUUGCAGUUCUUUUAUCCACCUUUACUACUUUGCCCUGCUUAUGUUUGCUGGGGCCAAACUUUCAAAUAUGGCUCAGAGUGUUCAGUAAAAAUGGGGCUAUGUCCAUCUGGGAUAACAAUCUCCAGAUUAUCACGAUAUGCAGUGUGGUGGGAGCAUGGCUUGGAGCAUUUCCUAUUCCACUGGACUGGGACCGUCCAUGGCAGGUGUGGCCCAUCUCCUGUUCACUUGGAGCCACCUUUGGCUAUGUGGCUGGUCUCCUUAUUGCAUCUUUGUGGAUAUACUGGAAUAGGAAGCAGCUUACAUAUAAAAGCAGAUAACUGGCACAAAGAGGAGAGGCAUUUUGAUUGUGCAAUUCCAUGAAGACUGCACAGGGGUAUGGGCAAAGCAAAAGGCUUUCCAAAUCUUUUCAGAGCAUCGUGGGGCUUUGUUCCUCUUUUUUACAGCAUGGUCGACAUGCAGUGACAAUGUGAUCAUACAUUUGUUGUGUGUCCUAAAUUAUGUUACCCCUGAGAGAUUGUACCUUUCUUCCCAUCUGAAUAAAAUCUUCGCAGUA